GCCCGAAGUAAGCGUGACAACUCGCAAAGCGCGGCAAUGGACGGUGCUGGAAUGAACCGUUCUGGCAGUCCACGAAGACUUAACUCGUCAUCUAAUGGCCAUGGUUUUAAGGCUAACGCCGGAAACUCCUUCAAACGCAUGGAUGAUGAAGCGCUGCAAGGAUGGAACGCCAUUGGCUCCAUAGGCUUUGACAUGGACGCGAAAUACUCUCGCAUGCCGUCGCCGUCAGUGAGCUCCAAGCGUUUUUCCUUUGCGAAGAGUCCAUCUAGUCCGCUCUUUGUCCACGGAACGUAUCACAACGAGGAAGUGAAGCCGAAAAAGAGGGACUCGUUGGAGGACCUCUUCUUACCGACUCAGAGUUUGGUAACCCAGGCCGAAUCGAUCUCCCUUGCUCCUGUCCUUGUGGACCUCGACAAGGAAGAAUUCGUCGACGCAGCGACCUUUAUCACGCGUUCGGAAACUUCAGUCCGUGCAUCCACCAAGCCCUUGUCGCCCGCCCGAAAGAAUUCCUUUGACGUGAACGUGAUCGAGUCGCCUCAAGAUUUUUUUGCUCGUCGGUCGAGGAAUUUGAAAUCUGUCGAGUUUGGGGCUGGCGAUGAUGAAACAUCCGCCCAUAUUGACGAAUUCAAGCAGAUUUCGCUCGAGCUCAACAAAGCCAUUUCCAGUUCGAUCGCGCCGCCGUCUACCACGGAGCAAACCAGCACCCCCAAGAUAGAAUCGUCGUCAAACCGGGGCAAUUUUUACAAGUCUGACCAUCGCGGUCUUACGAGCCCACGAGAAAGCACAACAAAGCGCUCGGAAAUGUUUGCCAAGGACGUUGUGGACUCACAGCGCGGUCGAAGCACUGGGAGUUUUCCAUCUUUUCAAGCCGAUCAUGGGAUGCGCACGGGGUCGGGUAAUUUGCCUGUUCAAGAACCAAAACCUUUUUCAAAACUCAACUUGUCAAUAUCGCAAGACAUUUCGGGCAGCCUCGCACCAUCUGUGGGAUUUGCGACAUCCGAACAACAGAAACGGCGCAAUCCAAAUGGCCUGACCGUCGAGACACUCUCGCUGGUGGACCGCUCCAAUCACACGCCAUUACCAUCAACAAUCCGUGUCAAUUUUAAUCAUGACUCGGCACAAGCAGUGGCCGAUGCUAUUCAAAUGGCGAGUGCAAUGCCAUCGUCCGACCGAGCCAACAUGAAUUGGACUAACCCCAUCCAUCCGUCUGAAGUAAUUCAUCACUCUCUGGAUGCUGUAGUUGCCGUCCAAGCAAUGAUGGAGGCAACAAAUGCAAUGCAAAAUUCGGUCACAGAGGUCCUUCGCCUUCGCGCCUUGGCCCAAAAAGCCGUGGAAGCUGCCGUUGUGUCCGAAGCCAUGGCUAUUGCUGACUACCAUCGGGGUGAAGGGGCCAUCGGGGAAGUAAACGCAUUGACCCAAAGUGCUACAGAAAAUUCUGUCCAAAACCAUGGCUUCUUUCAACGCUUGCCAAGUGGGCAACAGUGCCCGAGCCCGAUGAAUGGAAGUGCCAGACAUGAGUUUUCCACCGGUCGCUCUCAAGCCGUUGGGCAACAUCACGGAAGGGCUCAAGCCUCUUCUGCACCUUUGCCAAGUGCUAAUAGAAUUCCGAACGGGGCUGACGCACCCCUUCGUGCACAGCCAGCAACGGCACCAAGCCAUGCUGAAUCCGUCAACAAUUCGGCAACUGACCGAAAGGCAAGGGAUACGCAUGGGGUCAAUGAAGAUCGGUCUCUUGAGGAACGGCUUGACUUCACUGAUUUCAAUCGGGAAGUCUCCUCGUGGCAGCAUUCUAUUGCUACCAAUGCUCCUUCUCAAACGCAAUCGCCUCGACGAAACCAACGACAGUUGGGCAACUCACCCAAAGCCACAAUCAAAGCCCCCGAUCGAAACGGGUACAGCCAGGCGAAAGACCAAGCCUUGCAGCACAAUCGAGACAUCGGCGGCACAACUACCACUGGUCAUGCAAACAACUCUGACCUUUCCCCAGAAGGAGAGUUCGGCAGACAAACACGUCACAGAACUCCCACGAACGAACUGCCGCCCACCAAUGCAACGCGGCAGCAAAGAGCAACAAUUUUGCAGGGUUCCGCUCCAUCGGAAUCAACUCGUGCUGUUCAUCAACAACAUCGCGAUGAGUUUACUUCCACUGAAGCCAUGCACGCUGAAGAACUGGUUUAUCCGUCGACAGAAACACCAACUAGUCUCAGAAGCCAGCGCUUGGUGGCUCAAGAGCUGCCGACCACGCGCUCCAACCGUGCAGAUAUGUUUCAGCGAGAGGAUCACUAUUACGCACAGUCGAGCCCACGCACUCUGGACCGACCCAAGCUGUGCAAGCGAUUUCUGUGUACAAUUGGAGGGGAGAUCUCUGAGACGUUUGUGUUUCGCAACACAAGCUCAAAAUUCGCUCGCAUUUGCGCCUCCAUUGUGCCGCUCAGCCGUGGAUGCAACCAAUUCGUCAUUGCACCAACUGUGCUGGAAAUGGCUCCAAAUUCAUCAGAUCACUUUGUCAUUCGGUUUGUCGCUGCGAGAAUUGGGGCUGUGUCUGCGAUCUUUCAAUUCCGAAGUAUGUCGGGUGAUCCUUUGGCAACGCCGUACGAGAUCAUUGUGGAUGCUCAUGUGAAGAAGGCAUCGGCUACCCCUCUGGACCUACCAUCGCGACCAACUCUCGCCGAAGACUUGCACAACUACCAUCCGUCACCGCAUGUAUUUGACGUGCAGCCCACGCAUUUAAAGUUGACUAGCGGCGCAGCUGCAACGUUCGAUAUAUUCAACUAUGUCGCGACCACGACCACCUUCACCGUGAACUGUCCGUUUGAUCAUAUCCAAGUGAUACCGAACGCUGGAGAGAUCCACCCCAAUGGCAAGUGCACCAUUCAAGUGUCUCUCGCCGACUCUUCGCACACCAAAGCGUGGUGCGGACUGAUUGCAGUGAUCGUGAAUGGCUCCUUGCCACGCGAGAUCAGUCUCGUGGUCGAUGCAAGUAUGUCGUGCGUGGAUACGGCUUCAUCGAUCAAGGAGAUGGCAAUGAGUUACUCUACCGAGUCGACGUCGACGACAGCAAGGACCAGGUCGCGGAAAAGAGGGCUGUUUUUUCAAGCAACUAGACUGGACUUCGGGCCACGCACCUUGCGAUCCUCACAUUGUCUGCCUGUUCGCAUCUGCAACGGAAGCAAAGAAUCAAUCACGGUCUUUCUCCAGCCCGUGUCUGCGCCAUUUUCGUGCUCCUACUCGAGCAUUUCCCUCCGUCCUAGAUCGUACGUGGAGGUUCCCGUCUACUUCACCCCCGCUGUGCCCAGAGAUGUGACCGCGUCGAUGGUCGCCUUCUCUGCCGCGGACAAGGCCACUCUGACGUUACAAGGCCGCGGUGUUGCGUGAUUCCAUUGUGCGGUCGCUCAAGACUUUAACACCUGAGUAUGGAACACGAAUGCCAUCAUCAAUGCGAA